AUGCAAGUAAGCUUACUUGUAUGGCUGCUGCCUUCACUAGGAGGAUGCCACUGGAUUCAGCGACAGCAUCUCAAGCAAAGCAACGCAAGCUCUGCUCUCAGCCCGCUUCCCGAGUUCGACGGGCUCCGUGAGACCAACAUCUCGCAGUCUACCUGGCGCUGCAUCAGCGCCGGGCAACUCUUUCAGGUCUAUUCCAGCUCAAGCCCACACCUGCCGAUAGCGGAAGGAGGUGCUUGUUUUGCUGGCUUCACCAAAUUCUUCUGGGCAGCGGUGCUUGCGUUGUUCUCGCUGAUUGGCCUUUGUCUUUUUGUGCCGCUCAUGCUGGAGAUCACCAGGCGGCGCCCACCAGGGCAACCACUCGUGCUGUGUGGCAUUAUCUUCGACUGCUGCCCGCCAAAGAACUCGGCAGAGCAGCUUGUCACGUCUCCGGCAAGCAAAUCUCCAUUUGCAAGAUGA